ACAUCACGACGGAGACGGAGAAUAUAUUCGGGCUCUAAUGAGGUGACCUCUCCUUGUGUGCUUCGCGCUGCUGAAGCUGGCCGGUGUGUUCGUGCCGCGGAGCGUGACGGGUCAGUCUGUUACUGUACUUCCAAAGGAGGCACUCCAGCACAGAAGUUCCCUGUUGAGACAGAAAUGAACCUGCCGUCCAGAGAGGAAUGUGAGGGCUGGGACCAGGCACGAGUAGCCCUCUUUAUGUGCCAGAACAAAAUGCCAGAAUGUGCCACCAUGGUAAAAAAGCUGAGAAUUAAUGGACACAGACUUCUGAACCUGUCUGACAGUGACAUGAGCAAGUUUAGUCUCAUCCACCAACCGCAGUUACAAAAGAUCGUCCAAGACAUCAAGAAAACAGAUGACAGCUUUCUGGAUAAACUAAGAAGACUGAAAAACAAACCGAGUCCAAAGGUUCCGGCGCGAGAUUACAGAGAUGAUGACCAGCUGUCUGAACCUGAUUAUGAUAAUGGCAUGUAUGAGGAUCCACGUGAGGAGCCGGACGACAGCUAUGAGCCUCCUCCCAGCCACAGAGCAUUCCCCACCACUCCUUCUGCUUCCUUCCCAAGGGGGGACUACCUUGACAGCUGCCGUAACCAGCCCAGCCGGCAACCCAGGAAGCCCCUCCGCCCAGGCAAAGCCUCCAAACAACUGCCCCCUGAACCCACCCACAAGGGGAGCGAUGAAGAAGACUACAUCAGUCCAGACGGCAGUAAUGAUGAUGACAACUACAUAGAACCUGAUGAGAAUCAACCAGCCAAACCUGUAGUGAAUUGUAGGAGCAGAGCAGGAAGGGACCGACCCAUGUUGCCUACACCGUCACAAGAGCAUCCACCCUGUCCUGAUUUUUAUGAAGUGCCGGACACAGAGGAGAGCUCACUAUCAACUCCAGCCAGGAGACUGUGUCCAGUCUCUACACCACAGUUACUUGCUUUACCGCCAAAACACAGCCCCAGACAGAAUAUGCAGAGAUCUCCCCCUACUGUGCAGGAGGCUGAAGGUGAAGAUGAAUAUGAAGUUUGCGACAAAGAUGAUAGAUCCUGUGAUAAAACUACAGAGCGUCCUCCUCCACUUCUACCGAAACCUUUGCCCAGAGUGUCACCAAAACCCCCUAUAAGGCUGAGGCUGGAUUUAAAGCCAAGGGCAUUUGAGAGCCAAACGCUGCCUGUGAUGAAAACUGACCACAAAGCUCCACCAAAAGCUUUUACACUGGACUUGAAACGACCAAAAAUUCCUCUUCCGCAGUUGACCUUCCCCAAACCAACAGACAGAGGAAGUGUUCCCGCUGAUAACAGGUCGACAGAUGAAGAUAAGGAUGCAGAUGUCUAUGAGAAACCCUGGUAUGCCAGCGCAUGUGACCGCAAGACUGCUGACGAUGUUUUGCUUCGCUCAAAUAAAGACGGGGCGUUCAUGGUGAGAAAGAGCUCCGGUCAGGACGCACAGCAGCCCUACACACUGGUGGUGUUUUACAAGGACAGGGUGUACAACAUACCGAUCCGCUUCAUAGCAAACACUCAGCAGUACGCACUGGGGAGAGAGAAGAAAGGAGAGGAGCAUUUCAGUAGCGUCUGCCACAUCAUCGAGAGCCAUCAGAGGAAUCCUCUGGUGCUGAUUGACAGCCAGAGUAACAGCAAGGACGCCACCAAGCUGAGCUACCCAGUGAAGCCGUAGACGACCCGACCGACAGCCGAGCCGCCGGGGCUUCUCCAUCCCCACCUGCCAUGAUAACUGUCAGAUUGUUUACAGAACUGAUCAUGUGACGCCUUUCUCCUCCGUUAAUAGUUCGAGGCGCUGCCAACAGGACUGCACGCUGGACAUUUCUGCAUUGCUGGCCAUGCAGUUGAAAGUAGCACAGACUCCGAAGACUUUUUAAACUCAUGUUUUAUUCAUAUUUUUUUAAUGCUCAGUCAGUAAACAGUGUAUCAAAAUGAAUGCAAGGAAUGAGAUAGUGUUGCUGUAGCAAGAGGGAAGCAGGCAGACAAAUAAUUAGGGUUAUGACAGCAGUACUUACAAAAAAGCGCAGGGUUGUAUAUUUUUGUUUUAAUAAAGUUAUUCUUAUUA